AUGAUCUCCAAUCCUUCGGCGAAUCUGCCCGAUAUCUGCUGGACGCUGCAGACCAGACACAGCUUGGCUGCAUUCGUUCAGACAAAUCAAAGCCUCCAGCCAGAGCAAAUUGGGUUCCAGCCGCAACUGAUUGAUGGUAAUGAGUCACCUGGCGUCCUCGGCGUGUUCACUGGUCAAGGAGCCCAAUGGCCAACUAUGGGCAUGGAACUCUUCUCUCGCGUGGCACUUUUCCGUCAAUCCAUAAAGCAGUGUGAAGUCGUGCUCAACGCGCUUCUGGAUUGCCCCUCCUGGUCUCUAUGUGAAGAACUCGAAGCAGGCAACGCUUCUUCCCGCCUUUCAGAGGCGACUGUAAGCCAGCCCCUAUAUACUGCAGUACAGAUUGCUUUGGUGGAUGUGCUGAAAGCAGCCGGCUUGAAAUUCCACGCCGUCGUCGGCGAUUCAUCUGGAGAGAUAGCUGCAGUCUAUGCUGCUGACAUGUUGAGCCUCACCGGCGCUAUGCAGAUUGCUUACUAUCGAGGUCUCCAUGCUCAUUUGGCCAAAGGCGAUGACGGCCAGCCCGGAGGAAUGCUUGCUACCGGCCUCUCUUACGACGAAGCUUUGCAGUCCUGCAAUCGACCUGAUUUUCGAGGAAGAGUUUCUGCGAAGAAGGAACUCGAAGCUCGAGACGUGUUUGCUCGCCCAUUACGUGUUGACACUGCCUAUCACUCGCAUCACAUGAAGAAAUGCGGUGACACUUAUCUUCAGUCGUUGCUUGCUUGUGACAUUGCCGUCAGUGCUCCGAUUCAGGAUUGUGUCUGGAGCUCAAGUGUACGUGGUGAUACCGAUAUCCUGGAAGGCGAUCUGUCCCCGUUGAAGGGAGACUACUGGGUCAAGAACAUGGAGCAAACGGUUCUGCUUUCUCGGGCUCUUGAAUCGGCUAUCACCAAUAGAGGACCGUUCGAUAUGGUUGUUGAGGUUGGCCCUCAUCCUGCGCUCAAGAGUCCUAGCGAGGAUACCUUGAAGGGAGUCUUCAGUUCUGCUCCCCACUACACUGGUAUUUUGAAACGUGGGCAAGAUGAUUUGGAUGCAAUCUCAUCUGCUCUUGGUCUCUAUUGGUCUACAAUGGGGUCGAAAUCAGUAGAUUUCGCCGGCUUUCGUCGUGCAUGCCUUGGCAGCUCGGAAAUCGGACAGCCUGAAAGAUAUCGACUUGGUCAGGACAGCCCUUGCGGGCUCCUUGGUCGCCGUAUGCUGGACGAUGAUGCACACGGGCUGCGAUGGAGAAACAUCUUGACUCUCGACGAAAAUACAUGGCUCGCUGGUCACGAGAUCCUUGGCGAAGUGCUCAUGCCUUGUGCAGGCUACAUUUCGAUCGCACUUAAAGCCGGUAGGCAGCUUACAGCAGGGCGCCCGAUCUCUCUGCUCGAGGCACGAGAUGUAGAGGUCCGCCCCCCAGUCGCUGUGCCUAAGCAUCCCGACUCGGUCGAAACUAUGUGCAUCGCUCGUGUGCAACCUUCGCAGGACCGUAACAUCAUCGAGGCCGAAUUCGAUUUCUGUUAUUGGCCCAGCUCUGGCACAGCAACAGUGCGGGCUUGCAGUGGCCGCAUUGUGGUUUACCUUGGCGAUGGCAAGGAGGAAUCUUUGCCACCUCGACGUGCCUCGACAACAAAUCUCUUAAAUAUAUCGGUAGCCGAUGCUUAUGACGUCUUCAAGUCGAUCGGCCUCAAUUAUCAGGACAUUUUCAGAGACAUUAGUAGUAUCGAUCGCGGGUCUAAUCAUGCCGUUAUCCAGGUCGUCUGGGAUAUGUCCAACCUCGAUCAAGUGUACCUCAUCCAUCCUGCCAUUUUGGACGUUGUGUUCCAAUCAAUAUUCCUGGCCAAGUCGUAUCCGGCCAAAUCGCUGAUGCAUUCAGCUUUCCUACCGGUCAGAAUCGCGCGGGUCACUGUUAAUCCAUGGGUACCUGUCACGAACACGACUGGAUCGAUAGAGAUCGGCACGGAGUCGUUUGUCACACACAGCGAUUAUCGCUCCAUUGAGGGAGACAUGCACGAGUACAAUCGCGCAAACAAACCAUUCUUGGAGGUAGAGGGCCUCUCUCUGAAGAUGAGCCUUUCACAGUCCGUUUCUCAAGUGGCUUUGGUUCAGCUGGGUCUUUGUCCACCUGGGAUCUGCCCAGCGUUGAGGCGUCAGCCAAGUAUACCAAAAAAUCAUAGAUCAACUUUGAAGAUGAAUAUCUCGUUGAAUAACGACGGUACGAUGCCUCGUGAGCCUUGGGCACGUAUUCCAAGCAAUAUCAUGGAGCCUUGGCUUCGAGAGAAAAGACGGAGCUGA